AGCCAUGCCCCCCACAUCGUUUGACACAUAUAGUAAUAUGUUGUUGUAAUACCGGCAUAUCAUUUUGGUACAUGCUGGUAAUUUGCCCUAAUCUGGGACUAGCUUCGUCAUCAGUCUGUUCUUGAGACGGUGCGAGUGAAAGGACCCCUUUACAAUUUGGUGAAAUUACGCAACGAGUAGAAAUAUUACACUGCUAGUAUUUUUUUGAAUUUGUAUAUGAUUACACUGUAUUGACCACUGUCAUGUCUGAGGAAAUAAUUGGACCGGCCCUUCCACCGGGGUUCAGAGAAGAGAGAAGUGAGGAUUCAGACGGGGAGUCAGACGAAGCUGCAGGACCAGCUUUGCCUCCGGGCUACAGAGCGAGGAGCAGCUCGGGGUCUUCUGAAGACAGCGAGGAGGAUGAGAGGCACUUUAAGAGAGGGAAGCAGAGGGAAGCUUUACCCCAAGGCUAUCCCAUCAAGUCAGACUCACAGGAGGACACAGAUCGUCCAAAACCCAGCAAGCAGCGGCGGAUACAGAGCACAGAGCAGGAGGAUGACGGCUUCUUUGGACCUGCACUCCCGCCUGGAUAUCAAAAACGGCAUGAGUCUCCUGAGAGGCCUGUUGUUGGACCAGCGUUGCCCCCUGGCUUUCGAAAACCAGACCACGAUGAGGAAGAUGAAGACUACACAGGCCCUGCAUUGCCUCCUGGCUACAGUGAAGCAGCCUCUGGCAGUGAUGAAGAGGAAGUUAUUGGUCCGUUGCCUUCCAAAGAGCCAGUGGAAUACAAUGUUGCCAUGGAGUUUGAUCGCAGGGCCCAAAAGAUGAAAGAAAAGCUUACUUCUGGAGAUGAUGGAUCCAAGGACCUAGCACGGGAGACCUGGAUGACUGAACUCCCCCCAGUACUGCAGCACAUUGGCCUGGGAGCCAGGACUUUUAAAAAGCGUGCAGGCCCAGAGUCCAAAGACCGGUCACUGUGGACAGAGACACCGGCCGACAAGGAGAAGAAAAUAAGGGAACGGCUUGAAGGAAAAGAGACCUCUGAACCAGAUAAGGAGGAAGAUGUCCACGUUUCAGAAAGAGACAGAAGACUUGCAGAGCAGGUGUCCAUCCACAAUGAAUCAAAGCGAUCUGAGUCCCUUAUCAACAUGCACAGCAAGAAGCUGAAGAAGAAGGCCAAGGCCGAUGCAGAGAAGGCCAAGGAGAGGAGGGCCUUCGACCGAGACCAGGACCUGCAGGUGAACCGCUUUGACGAGGCCCAGAAGAAGGCUGUCCUGAAAAAGUCUCAGGAGCUCAACACACGCUUCUCGCACAGCAAAGGCAGCAUGUUCUUGUAGAAACAUGCCCUCCAUGGAGCUUCUCCUCUGUCCUGUUUCAGAUGAGGGGUCUUUUAAUUCUUCUGUGGGCCAGUGGAGGAAAUGUAGUGGCAGCAGAUCAUUUCCUAGUAGCAGGAACUGGCAGUAAAAAAUGACUUUCUUAACUGGAACGUAUUUGGCAUGGCUCCUCACUGGCAACUACCCCCCAAGAAGUCCUCGUUGAAGGGGUUGAAAAUCAGCACCAGUCCUGAGGGAAGCCAUACCAUGCAGCUAUUUGAGCAGCAUGAAUGCGUGACACUUUUUCUUUACCUUUUGAUUUCUUUUGUUGUAUUAUAUUGCAUCAAAUCUGUAGACAUGCUUGUUUUUUGUCAGUGUUAGCAGUUUUGUUCAAAGUGUUGGUAGUUUUUAGUUGUUUUUUUUUAAAGGAUAAAAACACCUGUUAAACUAGAACUAAAAAAAAGUUAUAUUAUUCAAGACUGGAAGAAAAGCUUUGAAAUAUAUCUCAAUGUGCGUUAUUAGAAAAAUAGAUGUUUUUAUUGUUCCUUCCUGCAUCAGAAGUGUACAGUACAUUUUAAUAAAAAUAAAUAAAUUCUGAA